AUGAAACUUCUCGCAUUGUCACGACUUUGGCUCCCAAUCUACGUCGGUGCUGAAACUCCAACAGCUACCCUCGACUCAGGCCCAAUCUUUGGUCUCACCACAACUCUCCCUGCUGCUUCGCCCGUGAACAAGUUUCUCGGCAUUCCGUAUGCCGCCAAACCAGAACGGUUCAGCCGUGCAACGAAGCCUGAACCAUGGACAAGGUUGUUGAAUGCGACCGUGUUUGGUCCUUCAUGCAGACAACUAUUUGUCCAAAGUGGUGGGUCUGUCUAUAAUUCAUGGAAUGAAGCUAACGAUGUAGAACUCACACCAGAGAUUGAUCUGCUCAAAGGACUGUUCAAUACAGCAUCCCGUGAGAGUGAAGACUGUCUCUUCAUCAAUGCCUUCGCUCCAGCAGACCCCCACCCUUCAAGGGCUGUGCUAUUGUUCAUCAGUGGCGGUGGAUGGCAGCAGGGUAACGGAGAAAUUGACCUCAGCGGCUUCGCGGCGUAUGAAGACAUCGUCGUCUUUACCUUCAAUUACAGAACAAAUGAAAUAAACCUCGGCAUCCAUGAUCAGCAGCUCGCUCUCGAAUGGGUUCAACGGAAUGCUCGUGCCUUUGGGGGUGAUCCCGACAAAGUCACCAUCUGGGGUGAAUCUGCAGGCGCCAUGUCUGUAGAUUUGCAUGUUGACCGACACGCAUCUCCAUUCCGCGCCGCAGUGAUGUUUUCUGGUCAAAUGGCUGUUGGAUAUCUCGGAAGCACUGCCAGGCAUCAUGAUACUUCGUACUGGGAUAAUCUGACAACUGCAGUUGGCUGUCAAGGACCAGACCAGCUACAGUGUAUGCGAGAUGUACCAGCAGACGACCUCGUCAAUGCCAUGAGUACAGCUGGAAGUGCGUUUCUGCCGAUAACCGACAAUGUGACAAUUCUGAGUGGCAGAGCUGAAAGAUGGAUGAGCGGAGAUGUUGCGCGAGUGCCUGUGCUCAUGGGAACGGUCGCCGAGGAAGGCAGAGGACUGAUAAACAGAAACAUCUCGCUCGAGACAUUCUUCGGGGCCUAUCUCUCUGAGCCACUGGUCAACAAAACCCAACAGACGCAAAUUCUUGAGGCUUACCACCCCAUCAAGACCGACUUUGACACUGCUGCAGCAAUCUAUACAGACUUUGUCUGGCAAUGCCCCCAAGCCAUCCUCGCCAACAUUUCAGCCUCGGUCAACCCAACAUGGCGAUUCUACUUCAAUGCCUCGGUCACAAGCCUUUUAGACGACAAAUACUCCUGGCUAGGCAAAUUUCACGGCUCGGACGUCCUCCUACUCUUCAGUUCGCCAACCUUUGACGCAAUGUCACCACAACUGUACACAUUUGCGGAGUAUCUUCGAGGAGUUGUGGGGAAAUUCGUCAGAAACCCGCAAGCUGGACCAGGCUGGCCCGUUGGAUCGAGAUAUGUUGCGAACCUGGGAGAUGUCGGACAGACCCAAACGUCAGGACCUUCAAUCAUCGACCAAAAGGCGCUGGAUCAGAGAUGCAGGCUAUACGAGUCGAUUUAUCCUCUCAUCGAGGAGUAUGUGUUAGUUUAA